AUAGCCUAACUUGUUUAGCAUGAUUACAUAUGCAUAACUGCUUGUGUUUAAUCACCAAAAUGAAAAGAAUAUUUUUUUCAGUAGUUAACAUGUCACAAAUGUUUGGUUUAGUUUCUGUAGAAAAUGUUUCCUGACUGCAAUGAGAGAAAGUGGAAUACAUUGUCCCCUCUGUCGUGGAAAUGUGACGAGAAGAGAGAGAGCGUGUCCUGAACGGGCCUUAGACCUUGAGAAUAUCAUGAGGAAGUUUUCUGGUAGCUGCAGAUGCUGUGCAAAACAGAUUAAAUUUUAUCGCAUGAGACAUCAUUACAAAUCUUGUAAGAAGUAUCAAGAUGAGUAUGGUGUUUCCUCUAUCAUUCCAAACUUUCAGAUCUCUCAAGAUUCAGUAGGGAACAGUAAUAGGAGUGAAACAUCCACAUCUGAUAACACAGAAGCUUAUCAAGAGAAUACAAGCUCUUCUGGACAUCCCACCUUUAAGUGUCCCUUGUGUCAAGAGUCAAAUUUUACCAGACAGCGUUUACUGGAUCACUGUAACAGUAACCACCUGUUUCAGAUAGUCCCUGUGACAUGUCCUAUUUGUGUGUCUCUUCCUUGGGGAGAUCCUAGCCAGAUUACCAGAAAUUUCGUUAGUCAUCUAAAUCAAAGACAUCAGUUUGAUUAUGGAGAAUUUGUGAAUCUUCAGCUAGAUGAGGAAACCCAAUAUCAAACUGCUGUUGAAGAAUCUUUUCAAGUAAACAUCUGAAGGCUGUAAACAUCUCUGCAUCUUUGUACCUGCAAGUGCCAUCUUUAAGGAGAAAACUACAUGAAGUCACCGUUUCAGUAACUUGAUAUGUAUAUUAAUAAAAGUAAUUCAGUGUGUUGUUUUAGUUUUUCAGUUGAAAAAUAAAGGUGGGCCAUCUAAAAACUUCAUCCUCUUGAUAAGUUAAGAAAUGAAAGUUAGGACAUUAUCUUUAAAAGCAGUAAAAGGAUUGUAUUUCAUUAAUGUAAUGGUGAAAAGGGAAUCCUUGUUGUACUUAACCUUUUCUGUAUUACAUAUUCUUGAAUUUUACCUUACGUUGCUUUUGAAAUUUGGUGCAGUUCCUCCCACUGAUAUUAUUGUGCACAGGUAACACAAUACCAAAUUCUGAAAGAUGCGUUGGAUAUAAACCUAACAAAUCUGAGCCAGUUUUCUGAGUUGCAGAAUGGAGACUUGAAGUGCUAAACAAAACAAUCCAAAGGAAACUUUUUUAAUACAGAUUCUAGCCGAAGAAUUGAACUAUAAGAAAAUUGUAUUUAUAUAACGUUUAGUAUUUUUGAAGACUAGUGAGAUUUCUUUAAUAAUUUUAACUCUUUAAAAGUAAAAGCUCAUUGUAUAGAUAUUUCCUUUUUACUAUUAGAAGGAAGUAUCAAGAGAAAAAUUUUACUUUGAUGGGCAGUAGAUAAUUUCAAAACUUUUUUGUUUGGCUAAAUAAUUUUUAAGCCUAAAGUACAGUGAGCUGAGUUACAGCUCUUUGGCCUCUGAAUUUUCAGUUGCUAGAGUUUCUGGUUAGCUAAGAUGAAACUAAGCUUUCAGUUAGUGAUAUUACAUUCUACAUAUAUAUUUAGAUGAGAGAUUUGACUUCAUCUCAGUUUAGGAAUUCAUUCGAAGCUAAAGAUGUUUAUGUGUAUAUACAUACACUUUUGUAUGUGUAUACACACACACACAAGUAUGCAUGCAGCUGUAAGGUCAUAUACAGAAUUUCUAGUAAGAUUUUUUAAAUGGACAAGCAAUAUAGGAUUGAAGUAAAUAUCUGGUUGGAUUAAAAUUUUGUAUAUCACCAAAUUUUUAAAAAGUGUAGUAACACGCUAAGUCGUCCAGUUGGCUACUGUUAUACCUUAAAAAUUGAGUUUACACACCGACACAAUUACCUGUUCAUAUGGUGCUCACUUGUUAUCUUAGAGAUAAUGUAUGACUGCAGUAAUGGGACAGGUUCUACCAGCCAUUCUGUCUCACUGCUUUUUAGUCAGAACUGGGUUUGUUUUUAGUAUUCAUUGAGAAACAAAAUAACUUGUACUAGAAGGUCCAAAUCCCAGAAUAAAAGUUGAAAGGUGGAUUAGCUGACAUUCCAUACUAAUAUACAUUGUUUAUUCUUUCUUUGAAAUAAAUAACUAAACAAAAGAAAAUCUCAGAAGUAGUUUGCUGCUAAUAUAUACAUAUAUUGUAUAAAAAGGUAUAUUUUGGUUUUGUUAAAACCCUUGUUGACUUUUCUACAGUGAACAUUUUUUAAACUUGAUUUAAUAAAAAAUGUUAAUUUUGAAAGUGGAGUUUUGUAAAAACCUUUUUCAGUCAAACAGUAAUGACUUUAUUUAUGGGUAGUAAUAACAGUCACCAAAAAAGCCAUACAUGUGAACAUAUGCCUUGGUUUUGUCAUUCAAAAUAGUGAUGUUUACUAUGUGCUUGAACAUUUCUCUGCAGUUACGUGAGUGUAAUUGUAAGGAUAGCUGUUUAACAAACUCUUUUUAAAGACUUGACCAUAGGUCAAGGUUUUCCAGUUUAAAGCAAUAACUUUAGUACUUUCUUUCAAAAUUUAGUACUUCCAGUAUGUCAAGUUAAAACCAUUCUGAGAUCUGAGAACUUCUUUAAAGGAAAUUUGUAGGGAUCAUCUUGAUGAAAUUGUGUUUUGAAGUUUGUGGAUUAGUUAAAUAUCAUUAAUAGUCGUGUGUCUUUCAUAGAUGUUUUUUCAUAAGGAAAAUACUGACUUUAUUUGCUGUUAUUUGGGAACUCCUCAGUAUGCAAAUGUUUGUUUAAAACCUCCCAUCCUUUUGUCAAUGAAUUAGGAGUAGGGAUUGCCUUUACAGAUAGUUUAAAUUCAUGAGAAAUUCCUUGUUUUUAAUAUGCAUAUAGCUGAGUUAGGAUAAGGGAGGGAAACUGUAUUGAUAACUCUACCUAAAUUUCAUAAUACUUUUAGGAAAGCUAUUACCCUCAACAAAUUACAGUUUAUGUUGUUAAACAGAAUCUUAUUUGAGAUGUAUUGCUUUAUUUUUCAAUUAAACGUGGUUUUCUCCUA